CAAUGACGAGAAUGUCCCUACUACGAGAAGAUUCCCUUGCGAGAUACCGCCAAACUCAGUUGUCCGGGGCCCGCGCUCCUGGCUACCGCCGCAAUCGCCCAUGCGACGCCUGCACGGAGGAACUCCCAUAUAUGGCUUUGGUCGAACUGGACUGCCCAAUUGCGCAGCCUCACUGCUACUGCCGCCCAUGCCUCAACGAGUUAUUCAAGGUUGCUCUCGCAGAUACUAGGCUGUUUCCUCCCCGCUGCUGUGUCGUCAUUCCUCUUGCGGACUGCGCACAUUUUCUAGAAUAUGAGGUACGCUUGAAAUACGAACAAGUUUCUCAGGAGUUACACAAUGCCCAUGCCCUUUACUGCGCUGUCCCAACUUGUUCUACUUACAUCAAAUCGAGUCUCAUCAUCGACGACAUCGGGACAUGUCCAGAAUGCGACGCAAAAACCUGCGCGCUCUGCAAGACCCUUAGUCACAAGGGCGAAAAGUGCCCCGAGGAUAUGGAAAAACAACAGCUAUUGGCCCUGGCAGGUAAACACAAGUGGCAGCGCUGCUCUCGUUGCGGUAAUCUCGUCGAACGUUCAGUUGGCUGCUCUCACAUGUCGUGCCGAUGUGGUUUUCAGUUUUGCUACUUGUGCGGAUUGCAAAUGUAUCUGUGCAAAUGCAUAGACACCGCGCGGGGCUGGUAGUAAUGAUGAGCAAACGUUGAGUUUGAUAACAGGGGGUGGGGUACAGGAAAGCAUUCAGAAGCAAUGACUGUGCAGAUUUGAUAUUGUAUUGGUCGGAGGUGGGCGAAGCCCCCAUAUCUCCUUGCGUGCGUCUUGGCGACACGAGUCCUCC